GCUGCCAAGUGGGCGUUGUCGGUCACACGCAGGUCGCUAAUUUAAACGUCUGCAGGUUAUCCCACCUACACAGUACAAGUCAAGAGGUAGAGACCUGUUGUAAGUUGCAACAUUGGCGCAACCGUUCGCGGAGUAAUUGCUCUUGGCAAAUGAAAACAAAUAUAUAGGUGGAAAUAUGGAGCCCAAAACUGUACUAAAGGAGAAGUUUUUCAUCGUGAUACGCGGGAAAACGAGGAAAGGCUUCUGCCGAGGAUGUAUUGGCCGUGUGGAGGCAGAGUUGCAGCCUGGAGAGCUGAUGGGGCUGCUGUACUGCGGUGGCAGCAAUGCAGGGAGCCCUAAGAGCGGAGGCAUCGUGAGGAGGGAGGACACAUACCCUCUGACCCGGCACCAGGCCCAGCUACUGCUCUUUGUUUACCCCGCAAGCAAACGCCUGGAGCUGCUGUGUAACCCCCAGCUGUUCUCGGCUAUCUGUAAGCUGUCUCAGGAUGAUCUGGUGGUGGUGAAGCACAAGAAGGGACACCUGCCAGGGGUGGUGAAGAACCUGAUGCAAAUUGGGAGGAAGGAGAACAAAGACGACCUGCAUAUGCUUGGCUUUGAGGUGGAAUUUGUGGACAGUGAUCACAAUUUAUCAUCCAAGAAACCUGCUCCUCUGCCCUUGUUCAGUGCGGCAGAUAUCGUCCAGGUGGUCCCAUCUUACUCCCUUCCCCUCGGACUGCACUGGAAAGACGGCCAAUGUGGGGGUCUAAACAGAAAAGCGGUGACGCGCAUCAACUCCAUGCCGAAUAUAGGAUCUCGUGCACGACAAGUGAGCGACAACGAUACAGAGCAGAGUGUCAUUCAGAGUCAAAGUUCAAGCACAUCUCAUGUGCCUUUGGAGGUGGGAUCCAUGGUGGAGGUGGUGUCCAACACAGGGAUCACAGUAUACGGGGUUGUCCAGUGGUUGGGGGCCCUUGAAGGGAAGACUGGUGAAUGGGCUGGGAUUGAAUUGGACUAUGAGGUGAAUGGCUGCUCUAAUGGGACGUAUGGAAGCCAGAGGUAUUUCACCUGCAAAGGGAACAGGGCUUUGUUCAUUCCCGUCACAAAGUGCAGUCCUGAUAGCAGGUUCUUCUGCUCCUCUACAGGAAGGGAGACCUCCAAACCCACUGACACAUCUCCAGUUCCUCCAUUUGAGGACACAGAUGAGAAUGCACCACCUAUUCCUGAAUCAAAGGCAUUGUCUUUGUUAGUGGGAAGAAUGAAAGGGAUUCAGGGUCACAUCAACUCCUGUUACCUUGAUGCCACACUCUUCAGUUUGUUCAGCUCAUCCGUGACCCUGGAGAAUAUCUGCCAAAAGCCUGCUGACUCGGACAAACCCAUAACCUGCACUCUUAGAAAAAUAGUCAACUGUUUGCGCAGACAAGGGUUUGUGCCUGCUGCGAGUGUGAUGAAUUUCCGUAAACAGCUUGGCUGCGACACCUUCCGAACAGAGGAAAAAGACCCAGAAGAGUUCAUCACAGUCCUCUUUCAGAAAGUGCUUUGCAUGGAGCCACUGCUUAAGCUCAGAUCGAGACAAGAAAUAUGUCACGGUGCCUAUACCUUCCAGGUCUUUCUAGAAAAAGAACAGAUGGGACAGAUGCCCACUGUCCAACAGCUGCUGGACACAUCCUGCCUGUCAGGAGACCUCAAGUUUGAAGAGAUGCCGUCCUGUCUAAUGGUUCAGAUGCCAAGGUUUGGAAACAAGUAUAAGAUGUUUUCUCACAUCAUUCCCUCCACUGAGCUGGACUUCACAGAUCUUCUAUACAAUUCUCCAAGGGAAUGCUUUGUUUGUGGGCAUUUGGCAGAGUACGAGUGUCUUCAUUGUCUACCAGAUCGCAAAUUGCAACCAGGGAGAAUAAAACAGUACUGCUCUACCUGCAACACACAGGUUCACACACAUCCGUCGCGGCAGGGUCACUCCCCCAAAACUCUAGCAGUACCAGCAGAUGUAGCCUCUAAUACUCCUGUGCCCAGGCACAUGAUGCAGCUGUUUGCUGUGCUCUGCAUUCAAACAAGCCACUAUGUGUCCUUUGUCAAAUACGGCUCUGAUCCCCACUCCUGGCUCUUUUUUGACAGCAUGGCAGACAGAUGCGGUGAUGAUCAACAUGGCUACAACAUUCCUGAGAUCCGAGCUUGUCCGGAGCUAGGUGACUUCCUGUCCCAGCCGGAGGAGGAGCUGGCUUGGUCUAACCCCUCCCAGGCUCCUGAACUUGUGCGCAGGUUGCUGUGUGACUCCUAUAUGUUUUUAUACCAAAACCCAACCACGCCACUUUCAAAACCCAACGAUCAGGAAUAGUAAACGCAUGUGAGGUUGAGGACACUAUGUUCCUAUAACAGUGCCUUAAUAAUCUUGCUUCUCUGCUUAAUCUGCAAGAUUUUGUGUUGGUUAUUACAUCCAAACAGCAUGAACUGAAACAUAUGCUUUUAACAUCAUUUGGUGGGGAAAUACAAUAUUGUUGAAGAGAAAAAACAAUAUAAAUAUAUUGUUCAGACAUUUGACUAUAAAUGAUCGUAGUCAAAGUUGAUGUAGUGUAGAUAUACAAGGAGAGAAAGAAUGAGCAGGAAACAUUACACUGUGUACUCAUCAUUGUCUUGCUGUUAUUACACUGAUUAUUUAAACCAACAUAUAAAGAUAACAUAUCUUUUAAAGUAAAUUGUGACAUUAAAGGCAUUACACAUAAAUGUAUAUAAUCUAGUGAAUGUUUUGUUGCCUGUUAAGUUAAAGUACACUCAAGCACCUGUUGAUAUACUCCAGCGCUGACACAGUGCUGUGGAGACCAGCUUAUGUGAGACUACUUGGUGACAUGUUUGUUUGGUGUUGCAUAAUUUUAACCAUGCAUUAUCAUCUGUGAACUAAAACACCUGAAGCCUCCAGGUUAUAUAAACUACAUGCUUUUCUUUUU